UGUCACUUUAUAAAUAUGGCUAUGAUGUAAAGAUAUUCGGGGACUCCAGGGGUUCAGAGUAGUGUUUUCUGUCCAAUGACAAUGGGUGAAUUGGGAAGGUUAUAAGCCGAUCGGUCACAUCCCGUGCUGUAUCCGGCAAGUCUGAACGUGACCUUCACAUGUCGACGCGUCUUUAGAUGUACUUUGGAGUCGCAAAGCUAUUCUAUACUCUGGAUGUAACGUUAGUACCUUGAUUCCUGGAGCGAUGUGUAGGUGAAAGGGAAGACAAAUGUGCGGUGACGUAUCUCCGGAGUACAGCCGUCCCCACUCAGUCCUGGAGACCCCGCCACGAUAUCUGGGAAUUGAACAAGCUGUGCAGCUGGCAUACUCCCACACCUCUGACGAUCCGACAACAGCCAUAAUUAGCACCUACUGUCACAUCUACUGCACAGCAAUUGCAACCGCAGCACUCUUGCAAUACCGAACUACCCUGUAUCACAUCCCGCCCAACAACCAAGACACCUCGGAUCAAUUCCAGUGACCAGCACAAUCCUCUCCCGCCGAGGGUACUAGCCUCCAUUGUCACAUAUACACGCGGUCCCGAGUCAAUCCCUCCAUCUACAUACCGAAGUCAGCAACAUGGAUCAUCAGGUAGACCACUUGGUCAACAAGGCCUGGGCAAAAUUCUGCUCAACACCAGACGACGCACGCCUAAUGAUCGCGAUAAGCGGGAUCCCAGGAUCCGGCAAAACAGGCCUGGCAAUCACAAUGGCUGCCCGAAUCAACAAAAUCCACGCCUCCGAAAACCCCACCGCACCCCCGAUCGCCAGCGCAAUUCCAAUGGACGGGUACCACUUAACACGCGCGCAGCUAGCAGCAAUGCCAGACCCAACAUAUGCCGCGGCCCGGCGCGGCGCAGCCUUCACAUUCGACGGUGACAAAUUCCUCUCACUGGUGCGGGCACUGCGGGAGCCGGUCACGAGCACAACGGCGGAUCUGCAUGCGCCCAGUUUCGACCAUGCGGUUAAGGAUCCCGUUGAUGAUGAUAUUGCGAUACCGGCGACGAGUCGGGUGUUGUUUUUUGAAGGGAAUUACUUGAGUUUGGAUGUUUGUCCGUGGAAUACUGCGGCGGGCCUUAUGGAUGAGCUUUGGUUUGUUGAGGUUGAUUUUGAGGUUGCUAGGAAGAGGUUAAUAAAGAGGCAUAUUCUGGCGGGGAUUGCGAGGGAUGAGGUUGAGGCGGACCGGAGGGCUAGGGAGAAUGAUCUGGUUAAUGGGCGGGAGAUUGUUGAUGGGAGGUUGCCUGUUCAGGAGGUUGUUGUUAGUACUUAUGAUCCCAUUUGGGAGGGAUUAUGACGGUGAGAUUGAUGUGUUUGUGGGAUUGGAUGUAUAGAUGGUGUUGGUCUCCAUAGAUGUUGAUACAACAGGGGUCAUAAAUGUGUACACAGUGUCAUAGUGUAUUGGACAGUUUCUAUACGAAAG